CGGUGCGUUUUCAAAGGUUCCGUUAUCAAUCCCGUGCAGGCGCACGAGGGGGGCGGAGUGUUACCCAGCAUGCACCGAGCGACGGCAAAGAAAAGCCCGGGGCUAUUACUGUGUCUUUACAAUACAUUGUAAAGCCCGACCUCCUUAGUGAAGAACUUGGACGGGCGUCGACCCCGCCCCUAUAUGGAUGACGUCAUUGCCAUAACUCAAGGCGGAAAGCACCUGCGAGUCAGUCUGGGUCUGGAGGCGCUCGGUGUGCGACAUGUCCUCCGCUUUACCAGACUGUCUCCGUGAGUUAACCCGUCCAAACCAAAGCAUGGACAAGCUCUUGGGAUUUUACAUUUUGAUCUUGUUCCUCAAACCCUCGGAGGCGUCUCCGCUGUCCAACUGCAGGGAUGGGCUGGAGUACACCAACGGCGUCUGCUGUUCCAAGUGCCCAGCCGGUAAACGCCAGGCGUCACCCUGCACCCGACCAGGAGAAGCGGGGACGUGUGAGGAAUGCGAUGACGGGACCUUCACCGAGCACGCCAAUGUGCUGAAUCAAUGCUUGAAGUGCACGCGGUGCCGCGCAGAUCAGGAAGUUGUAAGGCCGUGUACUCACACUCAGGAUGGUGAAUGUCAGUGCAAAGCGGGGCGCUUCUGUGCCCCUGACCAGGCGUGCGAGGUGUGCAAGAAGUGCUCAAGGUGUAAAGAAGAUGAAGAGCUAGUGAGGAACUGCACCUCCACUAGCAACACAGAAUGCAAGAAGAGGCAGCUGCAACCUACCUCUGCCUCAGGAAAUGCCUGGGUGUUUGUGCUGCCUAUACUCGCUUUAGGACUACUCGCAGGGAUAUUUAUUGUGUGGAAAUGUCUAAGAGGAAGAGGCUCUCCGAUGAAUCCACACGGAUGGAAAGCUGGAAAUCCCGACAGCGACGACUGUGCUGACGAGGACGUCAACGACCGGAGCAACGGAGGCACCCAGAGGCUCGGCUGCCUGAACGUGACGAUGCCGUGGCACCUGGUGAGGGCCGCAGAGGGCGAGCGGAAAACGCUGCGCCACAGCCCCGGCAGCUCGACCAGUAGCUCCGAGCGCAGUCUAACCGGCUUCCCCGCCUCCCCCGCCUACCCCGCACCUCCCCCCCGGGCCGCCCCCACGGCCCCCGUGCAGCCCGACCGCAGGGAGGAGGAGGAGGAGGAGGAGGUGUUCCCCAAGCUUGUUGCUGUGAAUGGAGAAGAGUCUCUCCGGAAGUGCUUUGAGUAUUUUGAAGAUGUGGACGUCCACCUGCACAAGAAAUUCUUCCGCCACCUCAAUGUCUCCGACAACGUGAUCAAAAGCAAGGACCACCUUCCCUACGAUGACAGGAUCCACGACCUGCUCACCAUUUGGGUGGAGAAGGAGGGCCGGGGCGCCACCUUAAACGACCUGCUGACGGCGCUGCUCAACUUGCACCAGAGGCGCACCGCCGAGAUCAUCAAGGAGAAGGCGAUGCGCCACGGCCAUUACAAUGUGGAAGCUUAGGGGGGUGUUCGGAAACCAAGGCAACCUGGUUUACCUUGCUUUCUAUACACUGAACCUCACGGGUAUCACUAAUGACUCCAGAUGGACCGGUUCUAUUGGCCCAUUCUGGUCAGAUCUCGAGGCCUUCCAUCAUGGUGGGUUUGGCGGUUCCCCCCCCCCCAAACACGUUGCCACGCUGUACAGCUCCCAUGUGUAAGCUUUCAGUCUGCCAGCUCUAAAUUAGUUGGGGUGCUUUCUAACUGCAAUGAGAUUUCCUAAUUUCAUUACAAGAAGUAUUUGCCGUCCUGAUUUACAGUUCCUCUGUGUCUAUUGUUUCACAUAGUAACUCUGGUGUUAAUCAGACCUUUAUUUAUGAUUUUUUUUAUCAUUUCUUAAGAUGCAUUUUAUUUAUUCAGUCACAAAAAAACAUUCUGUUCUGUCCUCAGGGAUAAAUGUCUUAACUGUGACAGGGAGCAAACAUGCAGCUAUGAAACAAAAAUCCUUGAAAUCAAAAGGUUUAAAGGUUGAAGUUAUCAAGGUAGAGAUCAACUAUGUUUGGUGUUGUUCAAAUAGUGCCUUCUCUGCCUGACUUGUUUGAAUAUACAUGCAUGCAUGUUGCCUUCAUGCAUGCAUGUUCAUUUAAGAGUGUGAUUUUACUCAGCGGUUCAGAACUUUCUCUGAGCGCCUGAUCCAAAUGGAUGCACUUUGGUCAGUCCUGACCUCCAGACUGACAGCGGGGAGGCUUACAAAGACCCACUUGUUUACUGUGCCUUGCCUUGCCUAUCAUUUUACUGAUGAUUUAGUCAUGUUACAUUUCACUUCUCGCUCGAAAUCUCAGUUCCUGUCUUUGUCAGUGAAUUGUUUUUUUUAUUACAAGUUGUUCAGGCUGUGAUUUCUUAAAGUGGGUUAAAAGUUGAAAUACUACUGGUUUGGAACAAUUUGGUUGCCUUCUUCCAACAUGGUGGAACUGUUUCUUUAUUUGUGCGUGGGGGGGGGGGGAGAUUCUUACCACCCCCAGGGUCUGCCCACUAUGCAGCGCUGCUCCACUAUUCCACAUGUUGUUCUUUAGUGCUAAUCAUGGUGAAACGUUGUGUAAAAGAAGGCAUUUGUUACUUGAAAAGAUAUUCAAGUUGGGUUCCUAGCUAAAAACCUGUGUCGCACUAUAGCAUUGUGUUAACACUUGUUGAUGAAUUUAACUUCAGCAUACAUUUUGCUUUUAAUGAUUAACGGAAUAAAGACCCUUUCCAGCCAAUGUGCCUCAAUGAUCUGUCUAAAAACUGCACAUAAAUAUCACCACGCAAGUUCUUUGCACU